UAAAUGCGACUUAAAUAUAUGUGUUAAUAAUUAUAAAAUAUAUAUUAUGCAAUGUAAUUUAUAAGACAAAUAUCAAUAAUGUCUUCGAUGAAAUCAAACCAGAGAAAAUUUUCGACUGGCUCGAAAUUAGUGUCGGGUAAUAGGGGAGAAAAAGUUGAGAGAUGCAGGGGAAGGUGUAGAGUCCAGUGGAGCGAAAAACAUGUCAAAGAGGGCCUGGUUUUGGUACAGGAGACACAAUUGGCGAGGGUGGUCAAGACGGGCCCGAUUGCGGAGCAUUAUGAAAUAGACCCGAAACCGUUUGCGAGUGGCCAGUGGGCAAAAGUUUAUCGCUGUCGAUCAAGAUCAACUGGUACUCUGUAUGCUGCUAAAUAUUCAUCAAGAACACGUUUCAAUACUGAUUGCAGUGCUGAGCUUCGUCAUGAAAUAGCAUUAUUGUCACUUUGCUCACAGUCACCACGUGUUGUACGUCUGCAUGAUGUUUAUGAGACUCCGAAAGAAAUUAUUUUAGUUAUGGAAUAUGCACCAGGUGGUGAUUUACAAACGCUAAUAGACGGUGACUUAGUGCCACUAGAAGGAGACGUCGUGCAUUUUGUAAAACAGCUGGUAGAAGGACUCGCCUACCUCCACGAGAGAAAUAUCGCCCAUUUGGAUAUCAAGCCGCAAAAUUUAGUUAUGAUGGGAACUUUUCCCGAGUGUGAUGUCAAAUUGUGCGACUUUGAAAUAUCACGUGUUGUUCUUGAAGGUACUGAAGUGAGAGAGAUACUUGGGACACCUGAUUACGUUGCUCCGGAGAUUCUGCAUUAUGAGCCGAUAACACUUGCGGCGGACAUGUGGUCACUUGGUGUAACGACGUAUGUAUUGUUGACGGGAUUUUCGCCGUUUGGGGGAGAAACUGAUCAAGAAACUUUUCAAAAUAUUUCGUUGGGCGAAGUUGAUUUCCCGGAGGAAUUGUUUGAAGAUGUUUCAACCCAGGCUAAAGACUUUGUUGCUAAGCUUCUCGUGCUUGACCCUAGCGCACGUAUGUCAGCAAAACAAUGUCUGCGUCACGAUUGGCUGAAAGACGCGCCAACCCAGGCAUCACCGCACCUACGUAGAUACUUAUCAAAGUCACGUGAAGUUUUAUUAGAACGCGUAGUGAGUCGUGAGAAUCUAAGACGCGUCGCUCUUAUGAAUCAGCAGCAUCCAUCAUUAGCAUUAACAUCAAGCCAAGCGAAUUUGCGCGAACCAGAAGGACAGCUCGCCGGUGGACUCAGUCAGAGUGAAAUGUGUUUGAACAUAACCAGUAGCCACGGCAGUUUAAUAAACAGCGAGUGUUACAUGAGCCCAUCAAAUUCGCAAACAAGUUUGAAUUCAUCACAAAGUUUAUCAACAUCACAAAGUCUUGCGACAUCCCAAGCGAGCCUCGCAACUAGUCAAAAUUAUUUACUCAACGCUGAGCAAACCCAGGGAUUACUCUCCCAAGUACAAAGUCGUUCCCACGCAAAUUUGAAUCACGCGAACCGCCGCGGUUUGCUCUCGCGAAUGCGCAGUUUGAAUCAAAUCCAAUCGCAAGCCUGUUUGAUAACCCGCUCCCCCCAGCAAAAAGAAUUUCUAGUAAAUCCUUUAUUCGGCAGCCGGUCCCAGGAAAAAUUAUACGGCCUCAAGUGUCUGUCUAAGUCCCAGGGUGUGCUCGACAUUUACCACAGUCUCGAAUCAAUCAGAAAAACCAGCCGUAAAAAAGAUCAAAGUGAAAAAAAUGUAAUCGCAAAUAAAUAUUUGAAUGAGAGAUUUUCUUCCCGCGCUUUGGAAAGAUGCGAAAGCGCUGGCGAUGUUCUCACUAGUUCUUUUAACGUCCGUUCUUUGAACCUCGAGCCAAACCUUAACCUCAGAAACGAACCAAACGACAAAAUGGCGGAUGAAAAUCAAAAUGGGGAUAAAAAUUCUGAAAAAAAAAUCAAUGACUUUGAAGAAAAUUUUGACAGCCUUCAGUCAGUCGAGUCAGACACUUUGACUGAAGAUUCCGACGAAACAAAUCCACGAUUGGUCAAAACGUCAGUUCGUCAGAACUCGGACAUUUCUUCUCACUCAAACAACUCGGGUAAUUCCGACGACAAAAAUCACUCGGACGAGCCCUCGGAGUCUGAAACCGACGAGCCCAAGUACACGGUAGCGCAAUUGGUCUCCGCUUUCAAUAAACACCAGGAAGUUGCAUCUAAGACUAGUUUGGAAGCCAUCAUGACUGAAAAACGCGUUAACGAGGUUAAUUUUCCCACGGGACCCAAAGCGCUGAGACUUUUCAUCCCGGAUAUUAAUAUCCAGGAGCGCGGGAUCGUCAGAAGGAAGACGAGUUACAAGCCGAGGAAAAAUUGGGAAGAACUGAGGAAACGUAAUGAGAAAAACGAAGGGUUGAUUAAAGAUUUCGACAAUGAUUCGGGUAAUGAAGACGAUCUGAUUAAUCCAGAUGCUGGUGAUCAGAACAAAGUCGGGAACGAAUGGACGGAAUUGUUUUCAGAUCAAGUUGAAGAGAGUCUUAAUAAAAAUGUUAUUAUUAAUGAGAAGUAUAAACAGUGCGUUAAUGUGGCGAAUUCAAAUAAAUUAAUUAGCGAAGAUGAUAAAGAAGGUCCGAUUAAUCAGACAAUCGAAGAGGUUGGUAAAGAAGAAGUUAUUAAACCGAUUAAUCAAAGCAAGUUUUCGAAUUCGCGGUCGUCUUAUUUCAAGGAACGGAUGCCGAAUUAUAUUUAUCCAGAAGUGUUGGGUUGUACGAAAGAUGAAGAUGAUAAGAAGAAGAAAGAAUUUAAUAUUUCUAGAGAUAGUUCUGUUAACCUCAAAGACAUUUUGAAAAUUGACGGCAAUAAGGAGGCAAAGAAAAAUAUUGAGAAGUUGAGGAAGAGAACUUCGAUUACUAAAAUAAUUGUCACUGAUAACAUGAUUGCUGAUGAGCAAUUGAGUAAAUCGAGUUGUGAUGAAGAUAAGGUUAAGAAUGACAAGAGGUUAGAACGGGUGAGCUCGACAUCGAGUGAAGAUCCUGAUGGUAAAGAAGAAAAGCGCAGGGAUGGUAAUAAAAAUUUUGGUGGUUAUGAUAAGAAAUUGACGAGGGAAGAAAAGAAAAUUUGGGGGAAAGUUUGCACGGGUUCUUACACGCGCGCGAUGGAAAAGUUUAAUGGGAAGAGUAAUUUAAGUGGGGACAAAAAUAAAAGCAAAAAUUUUAGGGAUAAAUGAAAUUUUAAUCAGAUUUUCUCUUGCAGGUUUUGAAAUUGCCGCAAUUUUAAGGUUAUUAGGUUAUUUUGGUCAGUUUUUUUGGAAAAUUUCAGAAUUACGGUGUUGUUACCAAAAGUACGAUUUUACUGUUAUUAUUAUAGGGAAUUUUUUCAGUAAAAGUUCGGCAAUUUUCUGGUAAUUUUACUGUAGUGUUCUGGUAACUGUACAGUAUAAGUAUAGAAAAAAACAACUGGCUAAUCCGUAGUGAAUCCUAAUUACGGUAAAUUACGGUAUUUAUCAUAAAUUACAGUAUUUCGCUGCAAAAUACCGUAGUGCUACAGCAAAUUUGCCGCAUUUUACGGUAAUUUAUGACAAUUUACCGCAAGUGGCCAUAACUUACAGCUUUUUUUUAAUCGUAAACACGGUACAGUACUUCACUUUGCGGUAAAAUACUGAAUUUUUGCAGUAAAUUCAUGUUCACGAUGAAAUAUCGCACUUUUACUACAGUUGUACGGUAGAAUACCACAUUUCUAUAAUGAAAUAUCCCCAUAUUACAGCAAAUUUACGGAAAAAUACCGCGCCGUUUCCGUAAAAUACCUUAAUUGUUCCAAAUACCGUGAACACAGAUUAACUUUACGGUACAGUACUGUAAUUUUGCAGUAAAUCCGCACUUUUACAACAAAAUACCGAAUGUUUACCGUAAAAUACCACUGACUUAGAAAAAAUUUACGGUAAAUUACUGCGGCAUGUCAUAAAAUACCGUAAUCUUUCCGAAUACCGUAAACACGACUUUAUUUUACUGUAUAGUUCUGUAAUUCUGCAGUAAAUCCUCAUCUUCACAACAAAAUACCGCAUUUUUACUGUAAAAUUCCCUUGAAUUCCAAAAAAUUUGCGGUAAAUUAUCGAGUCAGCCGUAAAAUACCGAAAUUUACUGUAAUUUUUCCGAAUACCGUAAAUUGCCGUAAUUAAAGUAACAGAGUAAAGACCGUAGUUCGGAUUCGCUAGAAUAUAUAACCAUAGUAAUACUAAAUUAUUACAAAAUUGUAACGCAUGCGCACGGAUUUAAAAAAUUGACGGCAUUUUUAAAACCACGAGGGCUGGAAUUUAUUUUAUAUUAAGACUGAGCAUUAUAUUGACUGUACUUAAUUUGCUUUUUUUUUUGUAUAAUAAUAAUAAUAAGAAGAAGAAGAAGAAAAAAGUAAUUGAUUGCCUCGAUAACAUUUUAUGGAAAGCCUCGAUCUAGAUUUUUUUUUGUUGCCUUUUAUCGAUCUCGUUGUUUGUUGUAUGUCUUUAUCGAUUAAUUAAAUGGCGUGGAAAAAAACCGGUUGUUGCGAGAAGUAAAUUUAAAAGUCGCGUCAAUUGUGAGGUUGAUAAAAAUAAUAUUAUAAAUUUAUCAUUUUAUUAAACUCAAUUACAUACUUGUAAUUAGAUAUUAAUUGAAUAAUAAUGAUGAUAAUUAAAUAUGCUAAGAUAUUAAUGAAGUGUAAUGCAAUAUGUAGAUUUUAAUACUGAUAAUU